UUUAUUUCAAUAUAGUAGUGUGGAAUUUUGUUCUUCCUCUCAUUCCAAAGCCCUUCAGAAUUAUUAUGGGUCACACUUUGAUUGUUUCUCUCCAGUUUCCAAACUUUAUUUUCUCUCCCCAUCUCAGAACACGUACACACACAUCCAGAUUCCAUCACGAAAACAAGCAAACUUUCCUCUGCUUUGCCCUCAAUGGGGAUCAAAAUCCUCCACUCUUCUCUCUCGAAUUCUCCCGUCGUCAUCCACUCUUCGAGUCUUCCAAGGCUUCGUUUGAUGAAUACAUUGAAGAUGAAGUUAGAGUACUCAGAGCAACGUUUGCGGGAAAAAGUGAACAACUAGCUGAUGAGGAUGAAUGGAGAAUUCACAUGCCAUCUUUCCAAUUGCUAUUCUUCAAGGUCAACCCUGUUGUUGACGUAAGAUUCAUUUGCAGAAGCUCCGCCAAAGAUUACCCUAUUCAUAUUCCUCCCCAUAUCUCCAAAUUUCUUGAGCUUCAACUGAUGAGAUGGGAGCUGAAUGGAUUGGGUGGGGAUUUUAAAUCCCAAAGCUUCAAAAUUAGUGUAAAAGGAGCUUUGUAUGCUGAGAGAAGAGAAUCAAAAAGUAAGCUCAGAUAUUAUUUAGUGCUCAAUCUUCACAGCUUUGCUGCCCCCACACCCCUUGCCUUCAUUCCACAAGAUGUUUUUCUUGCCCUUGCACAAAAGGGGUUGAAGGGAAUGAUGGAGGAAGCCAUGGAUGACUUUUCAGAAAAAUUACUUUUGGAUUACACCAAAUUCAAGGAGAAGCUAAAAGAAUGAGGUUCCAGCCAAUUGUGGAUAACUAUGAUUAGAGUUUUUAUCUCAAACUCAUCAACAAAUUUACCAAUUGUAAAACAAUAUCUGGUAAGUAAAUGAAACAAGCUUUGAUUUUGAUUUAUUUUAUUUUUUUAUUACAAAAACUUGGUUUAGCAACAAUAAUUUGAUGGAAGAUGAAAAUGUGUGUAACUUUUUUUUAGAAGAACCACGGCAGUUGAAACAUA